CAACCAUCGAGUACCAACUGGAAGGUCACUUUCAUUCCGCUGUGGAGCUCGGCAACUUUUUACAUUCUAUUUCUCCGUUGAAUCAUGAAGGGUCUCACUUUGGUACUUUUGGCACUGGUUGUGGCGGUUUCCGCCCGUUGCGUUCGAGACAAUACGGAUGGACAGCCGGGCUGUAAGAAGCAAGAGGAGGUGACCCAGGCCGUGUGGCGCCACAAUCACGAUCCCACCGCGUACUGGGAAUGCGAGAAGCAGAACCAGGCGGCCAUUCUGCGGCGCUGCGUUAGCGAUUCGGCUUUCCAUCCGACGCUGCUGGAAUGCGUCAACUGGGACGAAUGGGAGUGGGAACCAACCUGCGCUCCACUGUCCCGACCGGCCAUCUAAUCAACGCUUGGGAGACUCGGACUUGGAUGAUUUAAAACUCCAUAGAAUCUAAGAACGAUGUACGCGAUGGAGGUUCGCCAGGACUUGAAGGAGGCGGCAAUGGGUUUGACGUGGAUGCAACUGUGAUACCCAAUCAAAAUAACUAUAACAACACACACAGCAAUUAGUGAUUAGAUUCUAUUUUCAGUUUUCAAUUUAAUUCAUUAAUAAAAUCAAGUGAAAUGUUCUUCUGAAUA